CGCUGUUUCAACAAAACAAACUCGCUUCUCCUGUGCGUGCUGUAGAAGAAGAUCUACUUGCUACUCAAAAUGGCUUUGAGAGCUGCUCUGAGAGGCAAGAGUGGCUUAGCAGGUCUCCUCUCCUGCAGCAGUCAUGGCAGGCUGUGUCCUUCCUCCAGCUCCAUCAGUCAAAGGAACAACUCCAGCUCAGCCAAGCUCAUCGUGGAUCAUGACCAGACUACAGGCGUGGCCGUGAUGCACAUGCAGAGUCCUCCGGUCAACAGCCUCAGUCUAGACUUCCUCACAGAGAUCUGCAUCACUUUGGAGAAGCUGGAGAUGGACAAAGGCUGCAGAGGCCUCAUCAUCACCUCGAACCAGCCCAAGGUGUUCUCCGCCGGCCUGGAUAUCCUGGAGAUGUACGGGAAGAGCCCGGAGCGCUGCGGAGAGUUCUGGAAGGCCGUGCAGGAGAUGUGGCUGAAGCUUUACGGCUCCAACAUGGUCACCAUAGCAGCCAUCAACGGCUCCAGUCCUGCAGGCGGCUGUCUGAUGUCAAUAACGUGCGACUACAGGAUCAUGGCGGACAACCCUCGUUACAGCAUCGGGCUGAACGAGACCAUGUUGGGCAUAGUGGCACCUUUUUGGUUUAAAGAAACCAUGGUGAACACGGUGGGCCACCGGAACACAGAGAUGUCUCUGGAGCUAGGGCUGCUCUACAAGCCUGCUGAGGCCCUGAAAAUAGGACUGGUGGACCAGCUGGUGCCUGAAGACCAGGUCCUCUCUGCUGCCACUCAGACCAUGACCAAGUGGUUGGCCAUUCCAGAACACGCCCGACAGAUCACCAAGUCCAUGAUGAGGAAGCCAACGAUUGAAAAACUGUGUUCCAACAGAGAGGCCGACAUCCAGAACUUUGUCAGCUUCAUCACAAAAGAGUCCAUCCAGAAGUCACUGCGCAUGUACAUGGAGAUGCUGAAACAGAAGAAGGCCUAGGGAUCACACUCACACACACACACACACACACACACAUCAGAGGAACUGAACGCAGAACUUUAUAGCUCAUCUUUGUGUGUUCCCAUGGGAACGACCCAAGAAUUAAAUACAGCAAAGGUCUGAAGGGUUUAUUUUAGGUAAAACGCACCAUCAUUGAUUUUUGCUCUGAUUUUCUAUCAUCUUGACUUAAAAAUAAAAUCAUAUUAGUACCCUAAAGUUGAGCCUAAAUGGUAAAAUACAGUGAGUGAACAAUGAUGGAGCAGUCUGCCAGUUUCUGAUACUUUGUGACAGACGAGCCUUUGACCUAUAAGUGCCUGUCUUUCCUGUACUUUACAACAGCUGUGGUAGCCAUUGAUCCAUGUAGAUAACCUGAAGCAAAGCCGUGGUCGCCUCACAAGAUUUCUUCUUCUUCUUUUCUACACACUUUCUGUCCGUUUAACAAUGUGAAAUGUCUCAAUAAAGCUUUGGAUUUGUACAGUGA